AUGAAUCGGUGGUCGACGAUUCAACAAGCUACAAAUAAGUUUUGUGGUUACUUGGCUCAAGUCGAAGGAAUGCAUCCUAGUGGGUUUAACGAGCAAGACAAGAUUGGGAAGGCAAAGGUAAUGUUCUUGGACUUAGAGAAGAAGUCUUUUAACUUUGAUCAUUGUUGGCGGGUGUUAAGAUUCCAUCCAAAGUGGGUGGAACAUAUGGACAUGGUGAAGCCGAAGAAGAAACCAAGUUCACAUGAUUCGACACCAAAUUCAAUAAAUCUAGGCGAAUAUGAGGAUUUUAAUGUUGCAUCUUCAAAUUUGGAACGACCAAUAGGUCGUAAAGCAGAAAAAGAGAAACAAAAGAGAAAAGAAAUGACAAACUCUGACUCUCUUGUGGUACUAAAUGAGAUGGCGGAAAUUAGAAAGAGUAAACUUGUGCUAAUGCAAGAAGCACGUGAUCAUGACAAUAAAAUGUUGUGUCUUAGGCAAGAGGAAGUGAGUCUUAAGCAAGACGAAUUACGUAUUCAAAAAUAG